CCACAACAACGACAGCACGCGGCAUGAGCGGGGGGUAUCAUCAGCAACGGUGCUGAAGAAUAUAACCAGUCUCUUAUGAAGGCAAUUUAAAUCUCAAUCUGGACAGAUUUAAGCCACGAUCAUAGCUGGCGAAAGCGUCAUGGCUAACCCCGCGUCAGGAGGGGCGGCUCCCGCGCAGCUCGGAUUCCUCGCCAUAUUCAACCCGACUUUGAGCGAUAAGGAAGAAAAUUUGGAUGACCAGAUUGUAUAUUAUGCGUCUGUCAGUUCAAAUUCUACGACAGGGAAGCGCAGGCGCACCCGGGGCCGGCCUACCGAAGGCAUCUUACAGGAAGAACGCAAUGAGCGACUACGCCAGAUUGGUCUUGCGCAAGGCAUGAUUAGCUUCAGCCGCGGGUUUUCUGACGGCGCUCCCGUGAAUGCCAUUGAAACAGAAAAGACACGCGUGGUUAUUCACGAGCUGGAACCAGAUUGGUGGAUUUUGGCUAGCAUAGAUCUUAACAGGCUACCUUUGCCACCACGACUGCCUGUCAAGGCUGGUGCAGAUCAAGAGGAGAAGUUUGAUUUCUCCACAAAGGAAAUGAAGCCGACGUCUUUAAUAUUAAGCGACUUGCUGCGUGCGCAUAACACAUUCAUGUUUCAUCAUGACUCCUCACUCACCUCCCUUCUUCGACGCUUACCGCGGAAGAAAUUCAUUGCAUCAUUGAGCCGAUACUGGGACCUAUUUCUAUCAACAUGGAAUGUUAUGGUUCAUGGAAAUCCGACAAGGGCAAUCUUUGGAGGAAUCAAUAUUGCCGCCUCUGGAGAACUGGGUGUUGGCGUUGGUGAAGAGGAACGCGGCAGUGGUGAACGAGAGGUUCUUGAGGGUCUUGUUGGGCGAAUAGAGGGUCUGGUCGACUUGGUGGUUUCCAAAUUUGGAGAAGAGGGAGAUGAUAAUUCUAAUCCCAAGGCCACCAAAAAAGAUGCAGAAGAGCCUUGGCUGGGAUCUGGCCGAGAGCCUGGUGAAGAGGAUGGUGCAGUUUUCCUUGGUACUGGAGCCUUGACACGAGCCUCAGUACGGAACUUGACUCAUUGGAUGGAAGAUAUAUAUUCAUGGGGAGAACACGCCUACGGAGUUAUUGAGAGUCCAACUUCGAUACGGCGGACAAGACCCAGAAAGCCGGUACCGCAAGAACCAGAAGAGAAUAAGACAACGUCUUCGAGCGCGACUGGUGAAGUCGUGCCUACAGGGAACGACGAACCACCCAAGGCUUCUGACGACACCGAAACUAAUACAGGCCCAGAGGCUGAUAAACCAGAUGAGGAUGGAAAACUUGAUAAGAUGGUUAGCUAUCUCAAGCUCGGAUACGGCUCCUACUGGUCUAUUCCUGGAGUUGCAGGUAGUUCUGGAGCCGCCACACCACAGUCAGACGCAGCGCAACCGACAUCACUACCGAAAGCAGAACGCCCCAAGCUGAAAAGGCAGGCCUCAGAAGCGGCUGGCCACUAUCUGAUUGGCCUCAGAGGUGAUAUGGAAGAGACCCCCGAAGGAGAAGAACAAGACCAAAGCGAUUCGGAAGAUGACAACUUGCGAACCGUCUUGCGCACUGUACAUGUUGAACUCCAACAAAUCGACCAAGACGUCGGUCGUGCGUACCUAUCACCACAAGCCCCAGCAAGCACUCCGCCAUCUAUAACAAACGAAAAGGUCCGUGUUGUGGUCUAUGUCAACAGACCCUUUAUUUUCGUCUUCCUCUUCCGCCUACGUACCGACUCGCUGGAAUGGGAAUCUCUCUACCGAUCGCUUCACUACCAGCUAGCACCGCUUCGCAAACCACUUCUUGCAUCCAUGCGCUUCCGACCCGACCGCCCAGAUCAAGGCUCAGGCAUCCGCGAUGUCAUCUGGAACCCAGACCAGCUGACCCUACACUCAACGCUACCAAACAUUCCUGACUUCAACUUGGUGGAAUCCGUUGGGCCGCUCGCACCACCCCCUAGAACAUGGUGGUCGCGCGUAGAUGCCGUCAACACUCACCUACAGAUUCUCGCCAUCUAUGGAGCUACGCGACAGCAGUCAACGUCGGACAUUGAGCGCACCUGUAAGACAAGUCGUGGGUGGUGGAUCGUGUGGACUCGCCAGGCGCCGGCUGGUCAUCCAGUGCACGUUGAUGGAGGAUCAAGCGCUCACGAUAGCCGCCCGUCGUCCUCACAUGGAGAAGGCAGCCGGGCCGACGAGAGCAUUGCAGAUGAUGCUGCUGCUGCGCCUGGAAAGGAAGUCAUUUUGGUGCGCAGGGCGGGCGACCACGCGCGCUCAGGUAGCCUCGGCUCUGCGGUUGCGACUUCGUCUGGCGGAGCGAUUGAAACCGCAGGCAAGCUUGCACAGGGUAUUGGUGUAGACACUCGACGCUACAUCGAGGAUUUACUUAGCAUACUAUGAAAGCUAAAAGUUAAUAGACUUUUUUUUCUACUAAUUUUUGUCGCAUCGCUCGAUCAAUUAAGGUUUUGCAACGAUAACGUUGGUCGGCCCAUGUCUCAGCACCGCUACAAAGUUAAACUUUCACAAAAUUGGUUGUAGCGGCAAAUCGAUGUUUUAAAUUUUGUUUUGAUUUAUUCAAAAGUUUUUGUAGAUCUAAAAUGGCUGCCUUGAAGCUAGCCAAGAUGGGGGUACAAUAUGUACAGAAGAAGUAGAGAAAAAUCAAAGCGAGCCUGUUUGAGAGGCAAUCUGAAGGCAUCCUGUUGGCCAUUUCUAUAUCCAUCCAUGUCCUGGAACGUACACUUUGUUUGUGCACGUCCACUUCUAUUUUCAUUCAUAAAGGAGUGUGUAUGUUCGUCAUCAAAGUCUCCUGCUUGCUCUGCAUUGCCCGGCGGUCCUGGGCCGCCGAGUCUUGUCCAGACAAGAUUGAAGAGGAAAAGCUCUCCAGUGCAAUGUGGCAGAGGCGCCAGCCUCGCAGAUCGGUCAUAAGGUACUCAAAAAGCAAAAUAUGGACGUUUCGUUAAAGCAUGGGCUUGUCUUUUAGUUGAAAGACCAGCUGACCUGGCCACGGCCAAGGCCGAGGUCACCGAAGAGCUCGAGGAAAGCCUUCUCACUGAGAUCGAUGGCGCCGGACUUGCAGGUAGGGCACAUGUCGUGGACAAGGGCCUGGAUAGAUUUGCCAUCAGCGUGGAUGGUGAUGGUCUUGCCACACAGGGGGUUGCCGUUGGACUGCUUACCCAUAUCAACACCGGCGAUGGCGACAAUGUUCUCGGUCCUAUCCUUUCCAGAGUCGUCAAAGCCGCAAGAUCCCAAGCCAACAGCGAAGUAGGUGGCAUCGCCAGUGUACUGCUUGCCACCACCAGUACCACCAGUGGCAGGGGGAGAGUUCUGCUUGGGAGGCUCCUGCUUGGGAGGCUGCUGAACAGCAGGAGGAGUGUAAGCAGGAGGAGUGUAAGCAGGAGGAGUGUAAGCAGGAGGAGGAGGAGGGGGAGGAGGAGGAGCCUGAGCCUGGGUGUUGGAAGGCGCCGCAGGGGCAACGGAAGCAGACUCGAAGAACUGAGCGCGCGAAGGCUUGGGCUCGGCGGUGGUGGCAGCAGCGGGAGUCUCCUGACCGGGAGUGAUCCAAACAGUGGUGGUAGCGUCGACAAGCUCAGUGACAAGCUCAGUCUCGGUGACCCAGACGGUGGUGGUCACGACGGCAUCGCGAGCGUGGAGGUGGCCGUGACCGCGGGGCUUGGCCGCGGCGGUAGCGACGAGGAGCGCAGAGGCGACAGUAGAGUACUUCAUCUUGAAUAAAGAGAAAAAAAGAGAUUCGAAGUCGUAGACUUAAAGGGUUGGUGGAAACAGCGAUUUAGAGAUUGAACGAGAUCGGCGGGCGAUGUGUUGAUUUAGUCACGAAGCGUGUGGCUGAUGUUACCAAAUCUGGUGUUAUGCAACGUUAAGGAAUGUGCUGGAGUGGACGGCAAGAUCGAGAGAGUGAGGAUCGAGUGCUGAGAGUCCGGCUCCAAGAAACGAGAUAAACGAGGAUAGUUUGAUUGAAGGAGUGUGUGUGUGAAGAAGAAAGGAAGCAGAAAGAGAAGCGGAUGUGCGGUGGAUAUAACAGGCUGCAUCGACGAGAAUCGCAAAGGCGGGCGGGGAGAGGCUGCACGACUCACCUGGGACUCAGGGCCAGAGAGAACCAUCCAGCGCCUAACCCGCGCCAUCAACCCACUGUUUUUCCUCUUGUCGCCCAAUUCACAGGCCUAUUUUUCUUUGCAGCUCCACUGGGAGCCAUUGAAACAGGGGAGGGGGGGGGCCACGCUACCGUU